UUAGGCGUCGCUCAGUCGGAAGUCUUUCGAAUUGAAUCCUGGAACAUGGCCAGCACGCCGGAAUGGACUCAUCCAUUACCAACUGCACUCUUCGACAGAUUGUUACCAAAGCUCGCUAUGGUACUUGAACUCGCCCAAAAAGCAGAGGGGACUGCAACUCCUGUGGCUAAACACGCACUGCUACAUGCGACGAAUGAAUUCAAAUAUGCACUUGCUCAAGCGAAAGAUUAUGCAAGUACACUUGAAGGAGGUGACCUCUUAGUCCAGGAACAGGACAGUGUAGUUGCAAUGCUCGAGAUGCUGAAACGGCACAAGCAGCAACAAUUAAUGCAAUUUGCAUUGGAGGUUGGGUCUUUGUCCACCACCGCAAUUCCCAAUGUCAGUUCAAAGAUGGAGAUUGAUUCUACCGCUUCAACCCCAUUUGCUUCUGGUGAUCAAUUAUACUUAUUAGGGGAGCUCACAUCGGGGGUUUGAGAGUUUUUCGACAGGCAAGGCUUGAAGAAUGUGACGCUGGAACUAUAACAAAAUUUGGCUGCCAGCAUAUGCAUAUGACAGAGCAAAAUAACACAUUUCGAUCGCUAGCAAGCUAUGAGCAUUAUUGAUAACAUCGAAGAAACUUCUCAUGUCUGACAAUGCUAAUACAACAACUGAAACACUCUCCUCAAAUCCCUCUACAUGAGAAAACCGAGAGUUUGACGGAAACUUCAUCAAUCAACGUCUUGAAUUCGUCGAAGAAUUCACAAAGGGUCAUAUCCAAAAUGGAUACACCUUAUUGCAAAUACAAACCAUUCUCCAUGCAGCUAUCGCAGAAUUUGACCACCUUACCCAACUCGACUUCAAACCAGGCUUCCGACAUUGGAUGACUUUCCAUGGGCAAAAUAAUGUGGAAUAGAAUAUCUCGGAGUCUCCAAAACAUUACCAAUAACGAAGAUAUGUU